GUGACAUAUUUGUGGUGCAGUGGGACAAAGUGAGGCUGAAAGAUCGAGAGACAGAAGGAGCUUUCACCUUCCAGACUGUUCUCUGUCGUAACGGGACCAUUGUUUUCAGCUACAAAGACGUUCCUUUGCCUGUGGAGAAAAUCAACUCCACUGAGCAUCCAGUGAAAGUGGGGCUGUCUGAUGCCUUCAUGGCAGUUUUGUCUUCUCCACAGUCUCCAGAUGCUAAACGACGGACUAUUUAUGAAUACCAUCGGGUAGAAAUUGACACAACAAAGAUCGGUAAUAGCUCAGCAUUUGAGUUUACCCCCUUACCAACCUGCCUCCAGCACAAUACCUGCGAACAAUGUCUCCAGUCCAACUUGACAUCAGGCUGUGGAUGGUGCAAUACUCUACAAAGGUGUUCAAAUGGAAUAGAUCGAUACAGGCAAGAAUGGCUGGACUACAGUUGUUCAGAAGAGGCAAAAGGCACAUGUGACGAUUAUGCUCAGGGAGGACCAGAGAGUUCAGUCAGCCCUUUUAAUUUAUCACCAUCAGUGAUGACUCCUUCCCCUGCAACUCGACCCGCUAGUCCUAUGACCGAAGAUGACACUAAACUUCUCUUUCACCAACAUGGCAAUGUUUAA